CGCGACUACAUCAGUAACUGCUAAACAACACCAUAAUGCAAAGCUUCUUGAAUAAGAGCAACACCAUAAGACACUCUUCCAUCGUUAUUACCUCCCAUAUCAGCCAGAGAGAGAAAAUUGGCCUCAGGCAUCGUCAUGGAAGCUGCCGCUGCACUCGUCAGUUUCAUCGGCCUAGCAGGUCCUGUUGCGCAAGGUCUGAAGUUCCUGUAUGACUUCACGACCAACAUGAAGGACUGCCCGAAAGAUAUUCGCGAGAUGAAGACCGACCUUGAAUUAGUAGAAGAUUUGAUCACGCAAGUAAUUCGACAGUGCAACGAGCGUGAUGUGCAACUUCGAGAAAGCGCGGCAUUGGCACGCGCGAUUGCUCACGCUCAGGAAAGCGUCGAAGAUCUCAAAAAGGAGCUGGCUGCGUAUCUUGUGGAUGGAAAACGUAAGCGAUUCAGGUUUGCAGCCAAGCUCAGUCAAACGCAAAAGCUCAGGGCAAGCUUGGAUAGGACUAAGACCAUCAUGUUUGAGUUCAAGAAUCAGCUGCAAAGCGACCUGUUAUAUGACAUCCGUAAUAUGAAUCAAGAGGUUCUCAGAUCAGUAGAGAAGACAAGCAGAAAUCUAGAGACAUAUGACAGAAACUUUCACAAGGUCAUGCAAAAAUCCGAGGUCCAAGCAGAAACCACGAAUAAUUGCAGGGGUGGAGUACAGGCUUCGGUUCAGCUAGCAAGCGACACAUCUGAAGGUCUGACUGACAUUAAAAUUGUUGCGAAGAAGCUCGAGCACAUUACGGACUUGUUGACGGAAACAAGGAUUUCAUCUUCACCGACUUCAUUACCAUCAACGCCUGCAUUGUCACGCGAAGUCAGUGAUAUCUCCGUCAUGAACUUGUCCCAGAAAACGACUGCCAGCAACAUUUUGAGCUCGCGAAGCAAUCCGCGGUCAGUAUCCCGGAAUGCUCGACAAGCGAACAUCGCUUCAGAACACCCCCUUCUACAGUUCAAGGAUAAUCAGUUCCAAUUCUUGAUCGCGAUCAUCUUCACCCAGCGCACCAGCAAACAACAUCUCGCUUUGACCCUGGACAAGGCACUGUUGGAGUACAUGGAGUAUUUGAAAUCAGAGGCAGGGGCCAAUUGCCUUUAG